ACUGUACAGAUCUAUGACGUGGCGUUACAGACGUCAUCAAAGUAGGUCGGUGGUUUAUUCAUGGGUGUGCAGAGACGUAGCUAGUCCAGCUAGCAGCUAUAUUGUGGGCUGAAGUUAAGGUAAAAGGCUGAGAAGAUGAUGGAAGAGAGUGGGAUUGAGACUACGCCUCCUGCCAGCCCUACGCCUCCUCUGAGUGGUUUACCAAUGACCAUAGGUCUGUCCAGCCCUCUGUCCCUCCCAGGCACCAGCUCCGUCUCCAUUGGUAACCCCUCAGUCUCCACCGCCCUCCCCCCUCUUCCCUCUCUCCCUGUUUUCAGCAGCCCUUUGGCUGCAGCCCCCUCCCUCUCCUCCCAGUUCCCUCCGGUCUCCACACUUGCCUCCCCCUUCACCAGCAGCUCCCCCUUCCCUCCUUCCACCUCCCCCACUCUGCCUCCUCUGGCCUCCCCCAUCAGACCACCGCCCCCCUCGGCUCCCAGCAUGUCGGCCCCUCCUGUAGGUCCACCCGUAUCCAGCUUCUCCAUGAGUGCCGGAUAUGACAUCACGCGGGGCCACGCUGGGCGAACGCCACAGACGCCACUGAUGCCAACAUUCUCCAGUCCUACCGCCAUGCCAGGUGUAGUGUCAAACCCCCUGGUUCAGCAGCCAGCCAUGUCAGGAGGAUUAGAUACUGGAUCUCCCAUCACUUUCCCAGAGGAGCAGGAAGAUCCCAGAGUGUCUGGAGACACCAACACUGGUGGAGGCAUCUGGGGCUUUUUCAAGGGAGUAGCAGGUAACCAUGUAGUAAAGACAGUCCUGGACAAAACCAAGCACUCUGUGGAGUCCAUGAUCACCACUCUGGAUCCUGGCAUGGCUCCAUACAUCAAAUCUGGUGGGGACAUUGACAUUGUGGUGACUUCAGAUAAGGAGCAGAAUGUGGAAGCAGUCAGAGAUGCCUUCCAGGAGGUUUUUGGAAUGGCCAUGGUCACUGGAGAGCCUGGUCAGUCUAACAUCGCUCCACAGCCUGUGGGCUACGCAGCUGGUGUCAAGGGCGCUCAAGAGCGCAUUGACAGCCUGCGUCGAUCCGGUGUGAUUCAUGAGAAGCAGCCAGUGGUCUCUUUGGAAAACUUCAUCGCCGAGCUCUUUCCUGACAAGUGGUUCGACAUUGGAUGUUUGAUCUUGGAGGACCCUGGUCACAGCAUCCGCAUUGAGGUCUUCACUCAGGCAACUCCUGUGGCUCUGGAUCACGCCCAACAGGCUCAGUCCCUGACCCCUCCAGACUACAGCCUGCGCUGGUCAGGUCUGAUUGUCACUGUGGGUGAGGUCCUGGAACGCAACCUGCCCAACAUCAACAGAACAGACUGGCAUCAGGCCAUGACGGGCAUGACCCAACGGCAGAUGAUCCAGAGCGCUGCCAAAGCUCUGGCUGGAAUCUACAAACAGCAGCUGCCACCCAGGACUGUGUGAUGCUGAACGGUUCCGGUUUCUGUCGCAUAUUGGGAGGAAGUGUGGACGUGCUGGAGGAAAAACUAGCUGAUGGGACAGCGAGGUAGCUCUCCAUCCAUCCUCCAUGUGUCCUUGUGGGGCAAAGCCAAAUGCACAUUUCUUUAAAGAUAUUGAUGUUUAUGAUCAAAGAUAUUGACUGACCUUUAACAUGUCAGCAGGAUUUUACUGAAAGGCCAUCAGGACUUAACCAUUAACUGAUCUCGUCAUCAUUGAAAGAUUAUUACACAUCAUGUAUAUUAAUAUCAACAACAUUAACACAUACUGUGGCAAUAUUUCAUUUUCUGCUUUUGUUUACGAAAUGCUUAUCGUAGAGACUAUUACAUGGACUAUGUCCCAGCUGUAUUGUAUGCACUAAAAGUCGCCACAGAUCUAACUUUUUGGAAAACUUACUUUCUGGUAUGAAUUUUUAUGAAGACCCAAUCCAAAAUGCUGUAGUGCUAGGCAGACCCAAACAGAGAGAGAACGCUUCUGACCUGAACCCUGAGAUGAGUAGAAAAAACAUGACCCUGUGUGACCCAAUUAGACUGAAUAUAAUGUGGACCUGGCCUGACUCUGGCCAUACUUAGAACUGAGUGGAUCUAUAAAGUCCUCUAGUAUAUACUGUAACACUGUAAUAGUUAGCAGUGUAAGUACUUGUUUUGUAGUACUGGGAAAUGCUAAAAGGUAUUCACUGAUAUAUUGACACUACUGCCAAUUUCACAUUUCAAAACCUGGCAAAAAAGCUGGUAAAAUUUAAAAAAUGUGUUUAAUGAUUUAAUUUUGUCCAUCGUUUUCUGAGCUGUUGCUACAGUCAUCAACUCACCGUCCACCUCCUUUUUAAAUGUAUUUUUAGCUGUAAAAAUGUAUCUAUUGUCUUUGUUGGAACAAAAAAAUCCCUCUAGCCCUACUAGAGGGCCCUGGGGCUAUUUAAUGGCAUCUGAUUGCAACACCUUUUCGGCUCAGAGAAUCUAAGGCAGCUGCUAAAUGGUGGACUCAAAAGGCUUGGUGGUUUAUGAAACACAAAAUAAUUUGGAAUUAUGCAACAUGUAAGCAUAAUUAAAUAAUAAAGGUAUUAAAACUUGACUGUGACACAGGGCCUUAAGCUCAGGUAGUAACACAGGAGCCAACACAGAAGAAAACUUGUAUUUGUCAAAACUUAGAGCCAAUCAGCUCUUUGAUCAAGUUGACUGGCUGAUCUCAAAUGAGGCUAAUGUCAGUAGGUAUUGUCCUUUAGUGCAUAUUCCCAUAUUCCAACUGAAAAUUAAACUUUUAGAUGAUCAUAAAUCAUUUUCCACACAGUGAACCUACGGCCUUAGAGGGGGCCCUGAGGUUCGGGGGCCCCUGAGACAGUUUGGCAUAGAAGCUUUGUAAAGCAUUGAAUCAAUAUGAAGCAAUUGUGCUGAAAAUGGUUUAUUGUUUUGAAGCAUUGUUUGUGAUGAUCGUUUGUUUUUUGGUCCAUUGAAGCAAGUCUUUAGCUUAAGUCAAGCAAGUUUAGUCUGCAUGCUGGUCUUUGUACAUAUACUUAAGUCAGUAAGUCCAGUUAGAUUUAGAAUAUGGUGUGCAACUGUGACACAGCCAGAAUGGUUUGAUGGGGACAAAAUUAUGUCAUUGUGUUUCGUAUACAGAGAAGGAAGGGUCAUUAUGUCAUCAUACUGAUGUUCUAAUGCCGUGCUUGGUGCCAGACUUUGGUGCCAGUUCUAUUAAAGCCUAUGGGAGAUGUGUGCAGAAGCUCACUAAACCCCAACAUAUCUACAUCAUAUGACCUUUAAUGAAGAACUCACUUUACAGAAUAGAUAUUUCCAUGUGUGCAUUUGGAUCUAUGGAUGCGGAGAGCAGUGAUAAUUACGAUCUUCUCGUAGUAGUUGCUUGUUUUGCUGUCUGAAAUGUUUGCUGUUGGCAGCCUGGUGUUCCAUUCUUGCUGUGUCUAUGAAGUUAAUGUGCAGGGAGUAAAGUAUGACUAUGUAUAAAGUUUAAAUAAAUAAAUUGACGGUUGGGGUUCUGCCAGAUUAGCUCAGAUCAGCUAUUUUGAGUUAGAGCCUUUUAAGGGGAGGUCCGCCUUCUGCAGAUGAUAAAUAAAUAUUGUAAAAAAUCUGUGUUCUUCACUCCUCUCUACCUUUUAAUUGGAUCCGGUGGCUGCUUUACGAUGAAGGACAGUGCUAAUAAUUAUUGUUAUGGGAAUAUCACGUCUUCAAAUGAAACCUUUACAAACCACCUCCUGAUUAUUAAUUGUGCAUUGUUAGGUAAAACAACAAAGGCAUAUAUACAUGGCUUUAAGAAACUUAGAAAACUUUUAACCACAAACUUGAUCAUCAGAAAAUAAUUCAUCUAAAUUGAAUGACGCAACCUCUGCCGUAAUAAAAUCAACACCUGGCCUGUAAUCCCAUUUGUCUGGUGACCUGCUGUGGCUAAUCUACAUAACAUCUGGUCACCAUGUCAACAAACUGUAGAUUGGGUUACAUAACGUUAGCUUACAGGCUCAGAGUUAAUAUACUGAGGAGCUUUUCAGGCUAGACCCCGUAGCUUAUAGAGCGAUGGAGCAGGGACCCCCUAUAUACGUAUAUCGUAUAAAGAUGUGUUGCAUAUUAAACUGGGCCUACAAUAACAUGCACACUACAAAUAGGCAAGUGUAUCUAUUAUGUUGGAUUCAUGUUGAUGUGUAUUUGCAGACAUGAUAUUUUAAAACUGCAGUAACUAAAAGUAAGUAAGUAAAACAUAACUUUUUGUCAUAUUUGCUAAAACUUUCACCUUCAGGCUUGUUGGAUUCCUCUAAAUGCCAUUAGGAGCACUAGGAGGAGCCAGAUUUUUUUAUUUUUUUUUUAACAGAUUAUCAAGAUACAGUGAAAGUUUCAGCAAAUAUGACAAAAAAAAAAAAGUUUUAUAAAGGUUAUAUACUGCAGGUAGAUUUUCUUUAAGGGGAAAAAAAACACUUAUUAUUUUAAUUUGGUGCCCCUCUGCACUAACUCUGAGAACCCACUAAGGGUUGUGGACCCCCUGUUGAAGACCCAGGAGUUUAUCAUAGUUUAGCUAACUUACUGUUAACAUUAGUCUGAUACUAAGCUCCUGUCCAUUAUAAAUUUAGCAUAAUGUAACUUGGUAAAUUAACAUACAAAUCAAACGAAGUGUACUUUGAAAACACAUGAAACAUUGGCUUGGGGAAAGAUGGAGUGGUCUACCCAUUCACCACCACGCUAACUGCACUGACCAGUGUGACAUAAUGACCCUUCCUGUUUAUUUUUCUUGGAUAUAAUGUAUUAGUUAAAAAAAAUCAUUGUAUCACAUUUGUUGAUUUUGCCUUGUUUUAUUGCAAAAUAUUUGCCUACAAUAACGUUGUGCUUUAUGUGAGCACUCUACCUAUGAGUACCUGUAGCAGGAUGCUAGCAGUAACCUGCUGAAGUCUGGGUGGAAAGAACAUUCUUCGUGUACUUUGUGUCCUCUAAAUGUGCCUUUUUACACAAAUAAAAUAAAUCACUUUUUAAUGCUG